UAGUUAGCAAGAAUGAUGGCAGGAACGGAUGCUCAGCUACCCAUUAUAAACCUUCAUGUAAGCAGAUUGUUGAGUACCGUACACGUCUGGAAAUCUGCCAUUAUGUCUGAGCAAGAGAGAUCAUUUGUUGGCAAAGUAGCAUUGAUAACAGGUGGAAGUUCAGGUAUUGGUAAAGGAACAGUUCUUUUGUUGUCCAAACUUGGAUGCAGUGUAGCUUUUGGAGGAAGAAACAAAGAUGAACUUGACAAAGUGGUGGCCAAAUGCAAAGAAAUUAGAGCUGAUGCUCAGGUUCUGUCAGUGCAAGGCAAUCUAGAGAAAGAUGAAGAUGUGAAAGCUCUUUUUGAAGCAACCAUCAAAGAAUUUGGAAAAUUGGAUAUUCUGGUCAACAAUGCUGGGAUAGUUAUACCCGGGACCAUAGAAACGACUUCACUGGAAGACUUUGACAAGGUUAUGAGAAUCAAUAUGAGGGCUGUUUUCUACUUGACAUCACUGGCAGUGCCUUACCUCAUUCAAACACAAGGUUGCAUUGUGAAUGUUUCCAGUGUGAAUGGCAUGAGAUCGUUUCCUGGAGUGCUUGCCUACAACAUGUCUAAAAGUGCUGUUGAUCAAUUUACAAGAUGUGUUGCACUUGAACUUGCAUCAAAAAACGUUCGAUGCAACUCAGUCAACCCUGGAGUAAUAAUCACUGAAAUUCAUAAACGGGGAGGUAUGGAUGACGAGGCUUACGCAAAGUUUCUAGAACGUUGCAAACAAACUCACGCUUUGGGAAGACCAGGAAAUGUGGAUGAAGUAUCGAGUGUGAUUGCUUUCCUUGCAUCCAGUGAAUCGUCUUUCAUGACAGGUGCUUCGUUGCCUGUUGAUGGAGGAAGACAUGCCAUGUGUCCGAGAGGAUUCAACAACUGGAAAAAAUCCAAAAUGGCGGCGGGAGGGAUGUCUUUCGCAGGCAAAGUUGCAUUAAUAACAGGUGGCAGUUCAGGUAUUGGUAGAGCAACAACUUUGCUGUUAUCCAAGCUUGGAUGCAGUGUGGCAUUUGGGGGGAGAAAUAAAGCCAACCUUGAAAAAGUAGCAGCUCAUUGCCAAGAAGCAAGAAAUGAUGCUCAGGUUCUUCCAGUGCAAGGUGAUUUGGAAACUGAUGAAGAUGUAAAGACGCUUCUAGGAACCACAAUCAAACAUUAUGGAAAGCUGGAUAUUUUGGUUAACAAUGCUGGAAUAUCUGGUUUGGGAACUAUUGAGAACACUUCCUUGGAUUUAUUUGAUCAGAUCAUGAGAAUCAAUGUGAGGUCAGUGUUCUAUUUAACUUCUCUAGCAGUUCCAUUUCUAACACCAACACAAGGGUGCAUUGUUAAUGUGUCAAGUGUCAAUGGACUGAGGUCGUUUCCAGGAGUUCUGGCCUACAAUAUGUCAAAAAGUGCUUUGGAUCAACUAACAAGGUGUGUGGCUCUUGAACUUGCACCAAAGAAGAUCCGCUGUAACUCAGUCAACCCUGGUGUUACGAUUACUGAAUUGCAGAAACGAGGAGGGCUUAACGAAGAAGCUUACCAAAAGUUUUUAGAACGUUCAAAGGAAACUCAUGCCUUGGGGCGUCCUGGAAAUGCAGAAGAAGUAGCCAAUGUGAUCGCUUUUCUGGCUUCAAGUGACGCGUCUUUCAUAACCGGUGCUACACUGCCUGUGGAUGGAGGAAGACAUGCGAUGUGCCCGCGAUAACACAUCCUGCGGCUACUCGUUCAAGACAUGCGGGUUUGUGGUGGUAGUGGAUGCGAAUUGAAUGCGAAAAUGAAUGAUGAAGGAUACUAAUAUCCGUAAUUAUAUAAUUAUAUGCUUCGUCAUGAUCAUCAAAAAAGACCACUGUUCCAAGUAUUUUUCACUUAAUGGUGGUCAUGGUGCGACUUCGAUUACUUGACUUAGAUGACAGCAUCUUGUUUAAAUAGAACAACAAGACGUUUCCACACGUUUGGUUUAAGAUAAUUGGUU